UUGAACCGGUUCAUAAAAACAUCGCUCCGUGUUUACUGUCCCUGAAUGCAAACUGGAAAGACAAGAUAGACAUGAUGAACGGAUCCACACACAGUCGGACCAAUUCCUGGAGGGAGAAGAACAACAACGACCCGGAGCAGUCCAGGGCGCAAUGGAGCACCCAGUCGUUUACAGCUGAGGACAUUAUCCAACAGUUUACUUUACCUCAAAUUGUCAAGUGUAACCAGCAGGCCAUUUUGGUCAAGCGAGAUGUUCCACUUCCGAUCAAUUUGGCACAACCACUUCUGCUCCACGACAAACGAACUAUUCGAAAACUAUUGGCUAGGAAUGUUGUCAUGAAUCCUGCAACGCAGCGUUACAGUGAAAAUGACGAAACAGUGGUCAUUCCAGCCGAUUACGACGGUCUUUUUCUGCGUUUGCAGUCUAGAACAGCCAAAGAUCACACGUGCCACAAAACCAUCGAGUCUUUGGCGAAGUACAAAGUAAGGGCUUUCCUAAAUCUCAGCAAAAUGGUGGCUUUCCAACUUUCAAAAAGUCCGCAGUCUAACGAACAUCUCCAGAUUAAUUACACGCCUGGAAACGUUUUUCUUGUGGAAAAGAUUUUCAUGGGGACCGCUCGUGUGAAAUCGGAUUCCAUCCUCUCACGCAAGUCCACUCAACUUCAACAAAUCAAGUACCUGAAAUGUAAAGACGAAAAGGAUGUCGAUGUUCUUAUUCCAAUGUCACAACCAGGCGAGUUUAUUGAGGCUCUGCCAAGUCCCGUGGGUAAUGGUCGAAUGUCUGUCAAUGCUGAAAAUCUGAUCGCUACGCAGAAGUUCCCCAUUGUUGUCAGAUUUCUCAGCGGCAGAAAUAGGCCGCGUCUGACUUCCUUCUCGGGUCUAUUUACGUUGUUGGACUCUUUUGAAGAAACAACCCUUUUUGGUUGCAUUCUAGACCCUCACGGUUUCACGAUGCUGGAACUUCCGGUUUCAUCUCCUUUGACCUUUCAGUUAGCACUCAAUACGCACGAUCUGUAUUCGCACCCUGUGGUCAAAAAGGCUUUGCGCUUAUGUGACGCAAAAGGACAUGCUUAUUUCAGAGAACUGAAGUAUAAGUUUAAGUUUGCUCAAAGAAUCCUUCAAAUUAGUGGGAAGAAAAUUGAACCGGAAGACGAAAAUGACCCUGGCGAUCCACCAAGUGCUGCAAAUUCUGCCAAAUUUGGAGUGACAACCACCUACAUUUACCUGUAAAAUCUACUUAUAUUCCUUUCAUGAAUUUGGCUUCAUGGAUAUGGUAAUAUGUUGUAAGAUAUGUAUUUGUGCAUAAAUAGUCCUCCUCCCAAAUAUUAAAUUUAUCACAAUAAUAUCGUGUAUGUAUUUAAAAGUGAUAUUGUGUAUAUAUUUAAAACUGACACUAUUAUAUAUUU